GGCGCAUCUUUCGGAUGUUGUGUCUACUUUUUCGAGUUCGUACUUUAGGCGUUUUCGUUGCAUGAAUGCAUUAUAAAUAUGGAUUCUGUUAGCACGCGCUUACUCCAAGAUGCGCAGACCUGCAAUUUAGGUGGCAGUCAAGGGUUAACUAUGAAUCAGGUUGUAGAUGCGGAUAGUGUUCCUACGCAGAUGGUCGAUAAAUGUCACCGAGUCAAGAUGUGGCAGCAAACUAAUUAUCUCUCAGAUUCUGGCAUUCACAGCGCUGUUGGGACUCAUACACCAAGUAUCAGUAGCAAGGUAGAAUGUGAUGACGCUGAAGCAGACGAUCGUUAUUUAACUCAAAAACCGGGUCAUUUACCUCAUUGGUCAUCUUUUCCACUUUCUGUUAACCCGUCGGACUCUUGUCUUUUGUCUCCAGCUACACCUAGUACAAGUAGCAUUCUAGGCGUUGACUCCUUAAGUGAUGUUGGCGGCUCCCACUCUGCAAGUAACGUUGAUCUACGAGGAAACAAGCUACCAGAAAUUGAUACCGAUGAGGCUGCAGGAGCCAUACCAGAGCUUGUCAAACUGAUCAAAGAUGAAGAUGACCAGGUUAUUAUUUACCAGUCAUCAAUGAUGGUUUUCCAAUUGAGCAAGUCAGAAGCUAUCGAUGCCCUUAUAAAGUCGAGAGACAUGAUAGACUGUAUAAUAUCUGCUCUGGAUCGAACAGAAGAUCCAGAAACAGUUCGUUUUCUUGCUGGUACAUUAUAUAACAUUUCGCAGAUGCAACCUGGGCUCAAGGCAAUAUUUGCCGCACAAUGUAUCCCCUCUCUUGUUAAGCUUUUGAAUUCACCUGUAGAAUCAGUUUUGUUCUAUGCAAUAACGACGUUACACAAUCUUCUACUUCAUCAAGAUGGAGCGAAAGCCGUUGUAAGACAGAGUGGGUGUUUACAAAAGAUGACUGCUUUAUUGCGGAAAAAUAACAUUAAGUUUCUCACCAUAUGUACUGAUUGUCUACAAAUACUGGCUUAUGGUCAUCAGGAAAGUAAACUGCAAAUUCUUUGCAGCGGGGGGCCCAUUGAACUGGUUCGGAUAUUAAGAACAUAUCAGUAUGAAAAGUUACUUUGGACCACGGCUCGAGUUCUCAAAGUGUUAAGCGUGUGUGCUAGUAACAAGCCGGCUAUUAUUGUUGCUGGAGGAAUGGACGCUUUAGCAAAGCACUUACAUAGUUCAAGUCACCGGUUGGUAUUAAACUGCCUUUGGGCACUUCGCAAUUUAUCCGAUGCUGCGACAAAAAUGGAUAAUCUCCAGCCUUUGUUGCACUCAUUGGUCCGUUUAUUGGAUUGUGGUGAUAGCAGUAUGAUUACAUGCGCAGCGGGAAUCCUCUCCAAUCUAACGUGCAAUAACCACGCAAAUAAAUUUAUCGUUUUUAAGAUGGGUGGCGUGGAGGCGCUUUUGCGUGCGGUCAGUCAACCUGCUGUCAAAGAAGAUAUCCUAGAACCAUGUAUGUGCGCUUUAAGGCAUUUAACAAGUCGUCAUGAAGAGGAAGAAACAGCAAGACAUGCCUUGGUUCAUGAACUCAACGGUUUGCCGAUUAUCGCUCGAGUUUUGCAUGCAGCAACUGCUGGUAUUUGUCCUGAUCUUGGUUUAGUCUGUCAACAUCCUCAGAAUCCGGUGGUAUCGUGGAUGCUUGUUAAAGCUAUGGUUGGCCUUUUGCGCAAUCUGUCUGUCACCUUAGAUAGCCAUUAUGGUAUGCGUGAAUGUGGGCUUGUCACCGGUUUGUUUUUACUACUUUAUGCAGCGCAAUAUGAAAUAAUUAGAGUGAGUGCCUCUGUUUAUUUAUUAAUAUCCUGGGAGUAUAAUAAAUAUGACCCUAAGGUUUUCUAAAAUGAGAACAAUAAACUAUGGGGAAAGGUGAAUUCAUUUCAUUUGGUGUCCCCUCAAUCCUCAACUUAUUAAAUGUCAACAAGAAUUUGUGCUUCACACAUAGUCAGAUUUAUAAAACAGUUUUGUGGUGGUGUCUGUAGAUUUAGAGCAAAUGAAGUGAUUUCACUUCACUCAACAAAGCUUUUUGUCCUUGUAUAAAAUCUCAACAAGAGGACUAAUUUGCUAGGACUUGUAGUUCAUUUAAAGUAUUGGUUGUGAUCAAUAUGAGGUUUAAUUAUUAUUUUAACAGUUUGUGGUAUCUGUGGAGCAGAUAUUUUGUGAGGACUUCGAGAAGUCACAAAUAAAUGUUCUGGUGUUUUUUUAUGGUUGUGGACACCCACUAGUAGUUGUAUGUGUAUCUCAUUUGUCACGUACAAAUGUAUGUGCUUGGCUUUCAGGAAAAAAUUAAUUGUAUGACGGCUACAUCUAAUGGUUGACGACUCGAUAGAUUUAUUCGGUCUUAGUUUGACCACUCCUACCACUCUCCCAACCUAUUCCUACAUCGACCAACAUCACGUGUCGUAACGAGGUAGCCAGUUGUUGGGCAUAAGCAGCAUGUGUUCCGACCAGCUUAGUCGACGAAGAUUCAAAACCCCAUGUCUACUCAGUACCCUACAUUUAACACCAGGAUUGAUCACUUGGUGGUCAAAACAUAUGCAAGCAAUGUUUAGAAGACACGUAUGUUCGAACACUAAUUCCCGUUGUCUCUGAGAGCCAUGUUUCGGUCGUAAAUUAGGACGGAGUAAAUUGCUGGACAGUAUACUCAUCCGAUUGGCAGAUAGACAUGUCACCUGAUCCAUAGGUGAUGGAAGUUAUCAGAAUCCAAGUGAGCCUUCUAGAUCCGUACUGAUAUUUCUUCCGAUGCAAACCCACGAGGACUGAUGAGACUUCCAAGAUGAUUGAAGUGGUCUAUGUGCGCAACUACUUCACUGGAUAUUGUUACUGCGGACCAGUUCCCAAACAAUAUUUUUGAUCGAGAGAGAGAGAGAGAGAGAAAUGGAUCUAAAACACUGUUACAUUGUUGCUUCAGGUGAUCAGAAUACUAGAUCUCGUCAGUGUUUUCAUCGAACACCUCCAUAUUUCAAGUUAAUAAGUAGACUUUCUGGUAGGUGAUAAGUCCUUGGAAAGUCAGAUGACAGAAGCGUUAUCCCUAAAGAAGCAUGUAUGACAGAGUAAAAAUAGGGAAAUCUGGAAACCCUAACGAACAUCACUUGGUAUCAUUAUUUUUGAUGACAUUUGGCCAUAAGCUCUGAUUCAACUAGUUGUCUUCGAAUAAAGAACCUCUACAAGUUUUAUGUACUUUGGUGUAUACCUUCAACCAUAAAUGCUGCUGUUAAACCUGUCAAGUAUUGCGGAUGAAUACCACAUUAAAGUCAAAAGUUCAGUGUCGGUAGGCACGUCCAUGCUCGAGAACCUGAAAGGAUUAGUAUUUGACCGGUACUCCCACUUCCAGGUCUGGUACUAGGUUCGUUUCUCUCAGAUUCGCUGUUCACAGGCUUUUCUGAAGUUUUGAUAAUCACUGAAAACAUUAUUUUGUGCACCAUAUUAGCCAAGCUUAUUCUGUGGCUGUCGCAAGAAGAUUUUAAUCUUCCAAAAACUUGGACAGCCCUCGAGACCAGCCAAUUAGGAUAACGUCCAGUUCCGAAACUGCAGCUUAUGUCCUAGGCAAUCUAACAUCUAAAACUGGACCACCAUCCAAAGAAAUCUCCAGGAUUAGCCUAUCGGGGUUCAUCGUUAUCCUUUGCUUUAGAUUAGCUAUGGUUGUUUCAAAUACAUUGAUAGUCGAGAGACUUAUGUUAGUAUCCCAUCCAGGCUGUUUUUUAUCGGUAGGCAACUGGAGGGUAACUGCGAAUUUGUUAAAUUGUAAUUAAAAGUGUUUCACCCCCCACUCUUACGGUUUGUGCUUAGAGUGGGUCAUAAUUUCGGUAAUCUAACUGUACUACUUUCCUUUUUGAUAAUUCUGAAAUGUUUAUUAUUACCUAUCGCCACGGCCUUUUCUGUCCCUUGAUUUCGCCUCCCACUAAUACUGAUAGUGAUUGAGUAGACUUUUUGUCAGUCUAAGCCAUCUCUUUUCAUCGUGUUCGUUGCUGGGAUGAGUCCCGGGGUAUUUGUCUGUUUCAGUAAAUGACACCGAAACUUAAUUGUAUUUGCUAGCUUUUUUAAGUCACCGAUAUAUAUUACCGUAAGACAGACAGAUACGUGUUCUCACUAGAGUAUGAUCAGAGUCUAAUGAUGUGCUCUAAAAACGAGCAGCAGCAGUGUAUCGGGCUUCUCUAACGAUGGUUGGUGGUGAUAUGGCCUAUUCGCGUCCGUCGAUUUUGAUAUUUGUCACGUGAGACUAAUUUUGGUAUUUUCUAGAAAUAGAUGGUUAUCUGAACAUAGUCGCAGCAAAAUGGUCAUUGUUAUUUCUUCUCUGUACUCAAACGUCUCUAGAUUGGUCUAAGUUUUUAUGAUACGUUCAUACACUAGCUACUUACUUCAUAACCCCAACUUUAGUGCGUGGAGAAGACUUCUGCUGUCCUCUUCUUCCCUGCCCACUAAUUAGAGGAACAGUCCAGUUUAUACUGAAGCUUUGUUGAUCUAUACCACAUAAGUAAUUGAAAUCGCACUCAUGUUAGUCCAGUUACAUAUCAAUUCAAUGAUUGAAAUUCCUUAUCAACCCAAUUAUUGCUAAUGACACAAAAUCACACUGACACAAUCAAUGCAAAUGGAAAUAGAUAGGCAAUCCAAUAAACAAUUACAACUGAAUAAAAAUAAUAUAUUUGUAAUAUCCCAAUGAGUAGAAAAUUGGAUUUUCUGACGUUUCGUGACUUAGUGUAAGUCACUUCUUCAGAGAAAUUACAACUGAAAUUACACUGGGAGUCAACGAAUAUAGUUAACUCUGAAUAAUUUAAUAUGACGGAAAAUGUUUUGAAAGUUCGCUGAAUGAAAAUCACUUUAAUCGAUACAGGAAAUCAUAAUUUCUCUGCUUAUACGUUUUACUCGGGGAUAAAGUAUCUUCAACAGUUUUAUUUUUGUUUAGACUACCUACUUGGACAUCAAAAUCCCCUUCUAUAAUUCAGUCGGUUAGUCGUCGUAAAUAUAGAGCCUGGAACAGAUGGGAGUUGUCUCAAAUUACCAUACUACAUUAGUACGACGAGAUGAAUAGCAAAAGAGAGGAAUAAUUUGGCAGCAGUGGUAGUGGGACGAACUGAAUAUUGAGUAUAUGUUUCGUAAAGACAGUGGAAAAGUAUGCAUGAAGCUAUACUGGAAUUCUAGAUCGAGAGAAAGAUGAAUAAAGACUGAAUGCAUCUGCGCCGUCGCAACCGAUACUGAGUGAUGUCACUCAAAUCUGCAGUCACCGAUCACGGUUUCCGUGCGGACCCCGACCAGGUAGUUUGCUUUGUCCACUUGACUCAGUUGAAAACUUUGAUCUACUGAUAUUUGUUGAUAUUUAAUAUACUUGUAGCAAACGUCUGUUGAUGUUGUUUUACCACAAAUCUUCGAAUCUUCCUGGUUUUAUGUAUCACGUUGUGUGGUACACCUGGAUUGUGAGUCAUAUGUACUACCAGUGAUGUCACCCGUUUUCUCAAUGUAGGAAAUUGGAAAAGGAUUUGAACUCAAAUUUGUUUGUGCUACUGCUCCGCUGUUUCGUAUGUUGGGAGAGCUGAACAGUGGAAGGCAUGUAAUAUGAAUGGAGUUAUUUUCCAAUGGUAUCUUGUGUGUUUAUCCUUUGCAGUGUAAGCUUGUUCGCAUAACAACACUAAUUCUAGUGGUCUAUGCUAGUGUCUAUGAAUUCGGAAAUUUAUAACCAAUUUAUUUUAUAUUUCAUUUGAAUCAAUAACAUUUUCAUCCUUGAGUUGCCAAACUUAUUAUAAUUUUGCUUAUUACAAGUUAAAGUUAUUAAAAAUUUUCAUUCAUAUUUUAGCGUUCUGUUUCUUCCACUCAUCCAACAUUCUCAACGGUAGUGCAAAGUGUUAGACUCGAGGAGAUUGUGGAAGGGAUUUGUGGUGCACUUCAUAUGCUAGCGAAAGAUCAUGCUACUCGGUCUUAUCUAGCUCUUCUAAAGGCUCCAGCUUUAAGUAUAACUCCAAGUAUUCAAUCUGGCUCUUCUGGUCUUGCGAUAUUCGUCGAACUUCUUCAUUCGCCUCAUGAGUCCAUCCAGCGUGCCUCAGCAGGCGUCCUCGCAGAGGUUUCACAGGAUCGUGAUGGCCUUGAGGCUUUAGCUACCUUACCUGGAGCAGGCUCAAGGUUCGAUGAACUGGUUCGCUCUAGGAAUGAAGCUAUCUCAACUUAUGCUUCUGCAGUAGUCAUCCGACUAGCUGAAGAGCGUAGGGGUAUAGGCAGCAACCCGUACAUUUUCUCAUCUCAUAUAGAAUCGCUAAAUACCCCACCUUUACCAAUGGAUACAGGAGAAGUUUAUCAUGUGCCUACUGUUCAUCCGGGGGGCACUUUGCAUCCUGAAAUGCCUUCAUUAACUCAUCAUGGGAGUUGGAACCAUGGUCCCUUACAGACUCAUCCUCAAGAAUCUGGAAACACAUGUGGUAGUCCUUCCAACUCGUUGAUGGAGAUGCUUGGACCAUUUCCACCUGGUUGCAAGGGUAAGUAGUUUGUUUAGUUAUCAUUUUAUGUACUCGAUCAUAACUGCUGUCUUUACUUAGCGCUGAAACUUAGUUGUGGUUGGUAUUAAUUUGAUUUUUCAUUUCCUGACGGAUCUCAUUGUACUAAUAUAACGUAUGGCGACUUUGAUACACUUUUGCACCACGUCAUAUAUUGUUUGUGCCUACCUGUUGCAUCUCGUGUAGGCUUGGUUAUAAAAGUUUUAGCAGGCUAAUUAACGUUUUACAAACGUUUGUAAACGUUACUUAUUUUCAAACCAGUGCUAAAUCAUAAAUGUUUUCAUUGUUGAUUUCCCCUGCAUGGAAACAUAACAGUCUUAAUAAUGUUAUAGUCUACACUGUUUCUGUCUGCCACUACAGGCUUAUCUCCUUAGUUCUCAAUUAUAGUAACUAGUUUUCCAUUAAUCCUAUCUAAGAGAUAAGGGUCUGUAUUUAAGAAUAAUGACUUAUUUGGUUCAUUGAUAGAAAGGCAACAAAAAACAAGCUGUUUUUGUGCCUAUUUAGAAUUAGGAAACGUAUUAAUAAUAAUUAUGUCAGUACUUUUAAAAAUUGAGUUAAAUUUUUUAAUGAUUGUUCUAAAUGACAUACAUGUUCCGAAAUCGGAAUCACUGUUACUUCGAUUGAAAUUACUUUUGUAAAAAGUGAGCUAGCAUGUGAACCGUUUUAAUAUAUGAUUUCCAUACGAAAAUGAGAUGGGAUUUCUGACUGUAUAGAGUUGAUGAAAAUUUGGAAGGAGGUCAUUUGUUUUUAAAGUAAUUGUGUAGUUAUGCUGUCAUAAUUGUUAGUUUUUUUAUCCCCUUGUCAAUUUAGGUUCUGUGUGCAAUGAUUGUUGCUCUUACUGGGGUGAUUGUGAUCCUCCUGGGACUUGCUCCGAUCCAAAUUGUAUUUAUAAUGGCAAUAAUAAUCAAUCAUCUGGAACGUACUCUGAACUGCAACCAGUAAAAUUAUACCACAACAUACGCUCACCAAGUCGUACUGGAUUUGUGGGUUGUGGAAAUAUAUAUUCUGUGGGGCCAACACUUGUGUCUUCAUCUGUUCAGAAUAUUGACAAUACUCACCAGUUACAGGGAUCUAAUCCCGUUUUGCCCACUGGAAUGAGUGUGGUGCCACGCAGGUCAUGUGUCGGAAGUAUAAGUUCAAGUGGUUAUUUAAGUCCGGGUGGUGAUAUGUUUUUAAAUCCUUCACCUUCAGAAUACAAGCCGUUUCACGAAGAUAACCAAGGUAUCCUAAGACCAUCACUUUUAGAUCAACAAACACACGCUGCUUCAAUUUCUUCACCUGCAAUACCUUCACGAAAUGUUAGUGCUGGUUAUCUUAGUCCCGAUUUAAUGGCUUUAGAAGAAACCGACCCUGAUUGGUUUGGAGGCCCUGCCGUAAUGUGAAUUUUUCUUUUUUGGAGACGAAAGUUAGACUUAAUUUUUAGUCUUUUUUUAAAAUACUGGUGCCUCUAGGCUUUCAACCUGAAAGCCAUUUCCUUUUCUUGCUGCAAUAAACGUACAGCAGUUGGUUUUCUUCUUUCUGAUCCAUUGUUACACACAAGCCCAUCUAUUCAUGAGUAUGAAUACAAAGGGAAAAAAUCAAAUGUCCGUUUGUUUUUUCUCCAAGCAAUUGUAUGUUAAGCUUUUCGAUUUUCGAUGGAAUGUUUUAUUUUGAAAUUUUGUUUUAUAUGGAAUAUGAAUUCCAGUUGCCUUUUUAAUUUACAGUUGUUAUAGUUGGAUAAAUAAUAUGUUAUGUGAUUGGUGGGUUUUUUGACUUUCUUAUCGCAUAUUGAAAUAUAGAUCAAAUUUUCUACACAACUAAAUAAACACUGAUUAAAGAACUGAACAAGAAAAAAGCAACAUGAUAUGAUUCAGUUUAGGUAAGUAGGUACUUUUGUUAUACCUUUCGUUAUUCUUGAAGGAAAGUUGAAUAGCUCAUCAAUGUAUGACAAUGUGUUGUUUGUCUUAAUUUGUUUUUACUUUUUUUAUUGUAACUAACUCGCUGUUGAGUGAUCUACCGUUAUUUCGAUUGUCUUUUUUAAAAAAUAUUGAGUAGCCUACAUUAUACAUAAUAUUGAAACACUUUAAAACUUUUACUAAGCUUAUUCUUACUUUUUACUACUCUGCACACCACUUUUAGCGCCAUCAUUAUUUUAUUUCUUACUUUUGAAUGCCACUAAUCAACACAUACACACUCAUACUUAUACACUUUUUAUCACUCCAGCGGCAUUAUUUAUGUUAUUACUAUUAAUCAUAUUUGUUUGUCCCUUUCCAAGUUUUGACUGUUUUUGCUUUUUCUUUUUCUCUAAAUAAUUAUGAUUACGAUCACUAGUUCACACGGAGCACCUUGUUCUGGAUAUAAACAUUAUUAUUUCAUGUGAUGUUUUCUUUUACAUGAUGUAUGGAUUACUACUUGCUUUGGUAGUAUGUAAGCACUCAAAUAAUCUAUUCGAACUACUUCAAGCAGUUGGGGUCGCCACCAUACAUAAUUAGUGCUACGAAUUCGACGAUUACCAAAUAAACAGACAUCGAGUAUCUUCAGCUUGGAAUCAGGUUUUGUAAGGGUAAACUAUGUUUAUUGACACCAAGGCACUGUAAACUACCUUUUAAAAACCAGAUUAACAUCACAGGGGCAUCAAAUAUGGCUUAAAUUAGAACACCACUAAGCUCAAUGUAUAAAGAAUCGCUUUUGUCAGUUAUACUGGCACGCGAACGUUUACUUCUUUUCAACUGUACGUCACCUAAAGGAAGUACAUGGACAGUUUCCUGUUUAAGAUGACAGAUCUACAUCACCAGCAUGCAAUUUCUCCACAAUUCUCUCUAGAAUACUGUUCAUGACAGAGUUAGAUUGAUAUCGAGAUAUGUUGGACAACAGUACCCAAAUUAACUUAAUUUGGGAUGAUUGGCAAAUGUUAUGCAUGUACGCUACAUAGAGUGCAUCUUAAAAACGCUUUCAGUGUAUUAAUAGGACUUUCAAUGUCAAGAUGAAAGGAAAUUCCGUACCCAUAGUGGGCAUUACGAUAUUCAAGCUUGUGGCGGAAUACAAAGACACCGAUAAUGCAUCUAUGGUGUGAAUGAAACUCGGUCUGGAUAAAAUAUUGCUUAAUUUGAGUCGAUGUAAAACUUUAUCUGUAUUUUCUACUCGUUGUUAGUAUAUCCCAUGAUAUCAGUUAAAACAGAUAGAAAAACUUCUAGACUGCUAGUGGUAAAAGUACUGAACGGAAAUUCUCGUUAAAGGUUACGUACUUCAGCUUUACAGAUUGUCUCUCAAUAAUAUAGGACUAAAGAUUUUUAAAUUGGUAAGUUAAGUCUCUCAAACUUUUGUCGAUCCAUCAUCGGCGAAUAAGGAUAAUCCGAUGCAGAUGAGUAAGCAAGGACAGCAUUUCUACAACUGAAGAACAUAUGAAACUCGAACAACUGUCAGCCAGCAUCAAAGUCAGAAUCUUCAGUACGAAUGCUAAGACAGUUCUGUACUGAACUGAAACUUGGAGAACUACUACAACCAUAAAAAAGUACAGGUAUUUAUAAACAAUUGUCUACGUAAGAUACUCAAUGACCGUUGGUCGGAUAUCAUCAGCAACAACCUACUAUGGCAGAGAACAAACCAACCUCCAUCUGAAGAGACAAUUAGGAGAAAAAGACGCUGGAGCUGGAUGGAACAUACAUUGAGAAAAUCAUCAAACUGCAUCAAAGGGCAUACACGAAAAGGAUGAGUAGCAACUGGAAAUGAUUCCCCAGGAUAGAGUUCGAUGGAGAAUACUGGUGGAAGGCCUAUGCUCCUUUACGAGGGGUAACAGGCGUAAGUAAUAUGAUCUUUAGUUGUGCAGUUGGGUGGACAUUAAAAGGUUUAUUUAAAAGUACUUAGGGAUUGACUAGCUCUAACCAGUCACUGAAUAUCAUAUUGGCGAAAUCUAAGCCUUUACAGAAAUUUAAAAAGUGUAAUCAAUCAUCAGCUGCAAGCAGUUUAUAAAAUGACUGUCUGAAGGUUCGAGACUUGACAUUCUAUAUAAAACGGGAUCUUGAUUGUGGGAGUUAAUGGUACGUUUAUGAUUGAGGUAUUAGCUGUUUGAAAAAAAUAGUAUAACAAAGGGCUCAAAUAAUUUUUUAGGGAUAUAAAUACUCUACUGGAGUAAGUACAAAACUGUUUGGCAACCGAAAAGAUAGGUUGGUUGUAUAUGGAUUUUGUUGACUGGAACCAUCUACAGGAAAAGACAGGUCAAGUCUUGGUAUGGGCUUCAUGACUCCAAGUGGUAUUGAUUUUGAAAUGUAUUAAUACUAAUUUAUUAAAUUGCCAAAUAUAAGGUUGGUGUUGUAGUUCCAAAUGGAAUGAUGCCGUCCAGCUCUAGGUUUUAUGAAGAAUAAAAUAUUUACUAAAAAAUAAAAAAAACUCGUUUGAAAUUACUUAUCAUGUUAUCGUUGUCGUGACGAAAGGAGUAAUUUACUUUGAUGGAUUAAGAAACAUGAAAAAUAUAAACAGUUCUAGUGUUUAUAUUAUUUAAAUUUCGGACCAAACAAUAAUUUUACUUUAGAAAACGAGCGAUCCAAUAGUGUAAUAUAUUUGGCCGAUAUCAAUAAAGCUCCCUGUUAAGAUUUCAUAGCAUUCAAAAAAGUCUUAAAUUUACAAUCAACAGUCAAUAACAAAAAAUGAUGUUGACAUCGCCAAUGCUUCGAUGCCGUCAUGCCACAUCAUUUGAAACGUAACCACCGAGUUAUUCAGACCACCUUGUUGACGAGUACCGACUAACGUAAGACCACAGUUGAGAGUUAUUUACUGACUUCCUCUAACCACCUAACAUAAAAAUCUGCACGCAAAGUGGAGUUACUUAGACUAGUCGUCAAACUGCAACUUGAUCAACAGAAUCCAAUAAGGAUUAGAAAGACUGGUUUUUGCUCUGAUUAACUAACGAAGACUGAUUUAAGGAAAACAAACGUUGGAAAUAAUAAAACAGUCCCUACUUUCGUUAAGGCAACAAUAACAUGACAAGUAAUUGCAAACGAGUUGUUUUUUUACUUUCUAGUAAAUAUCUUAUUCCUCAUAAAACUUAGAGCUGGACGGCAUCAUUCCAUUCGGAAGUUGAAUCCAGUGCAUCGCACAAAACCUGGUCAAAAUCCUUCCAAUAUUUACAAAGUUCUUUUGUACUGCGACUUAACGCCUCAGCUUGUUCAAUUGUUAGCAGAAAUUCAAUUGAACAUGAAUACACUCGUUGACUUUCAUGACUAAGUCAUUGAUUAAUUAAUAGUAUCGACUCCUAAUCAGUAUCAAUUGUAGACAGUAAAAAAAGAAUGCAGUUUUAAUGAUAAGUUGGUAAACAUUAGAAGUAAUGUAUUGUGUUUAAAGGUAACCAGUGAGAAACAAUAUACAAGCAAGGAAAGAUUUGUAUCGAUUCAAAAUGGUAUGCACAGCGAGAAAAACUUAACAAGGUGAAAAAUAUGUGAGACGAAAAUAUUGGUGUCAUUAAAGCAUAAAUUAAACUUUAGUAAUUUAUUUUGAGAAGACCAAAUGAAAUGUCAAGCUAAAACGUAUGGAACGAUAUUAAAAUUUAAUAUUCAGAUGCAGAUAAAGAUGAGUUAUGUCUGUAUUAGUGUGAUCACUUUGUACCUGGGAGUAAGGCUUGAAUAGUCUAGAGUUAAUACGACAAAAAGCAAUUAAUUACUCGUGUGAUCGGCCUUGGACAGUUGUUCUUUGAGCACUGAAUUCUCAUGUCACAGAAAAUAUCAAUACUAAAGUGAAUUUGUUUAUAGAUUCCAAUAAGAAUUAACUAUGUUUUCACAGUUGUGAGAAACUAAGAAGUACCAGUCACUCAUAAAUCUUCAAUAGGACUUAUUUAAAGACAGUGAACUAAAGAAAUGUAUUGGAUGUAAAUUCAUUACACCUUUGGCGUUUAUUACUUAAAUGUUUUUCUAAAUUUCCUGAAACUUAUAAAAUGAAUGUUUACAUUUAAUACUACUGAAAAUUAUGACAAAACAUAUCACUGUAAUGAUUUAUACUAAACCAUGAAUAUUCUAACGGUUUUAUUUAUAUGUAUAAUUAAUUGUAAAAUUUGUACAUAAUGACGAUUAUAGUCACAGUAUUAGUAUGUUCACUUCAACGAUUUAAUUGAGAUCCUAUGCCCAUUUAUUUCAUUUAUGCUUUUAAAAUUUAUUC